AAAGACAAAGGCACCCGUCUCACACCCAGCCAACGACGGCUCCAGAUUACAGCCCGGACCAGGUACACCACAGCUACACAGCGCACGCAUAUAUGAGACACAACACCGACGGCAGAUAUAUAAGACGGCGAAAGGGAGCUCACACUCUUCUUGGCAGUCUGAACAUUACUUAUCGGGCAUAGGCUGA